AUGAAGAUCCGUGUGGUCCAGAUCUGGGGCUUCCUCAUGUCAGUGCUGGGCUGGAUCUUCGUUGCCUGCACCAUGGCCAUGGAGGGCUGGAAGAUCACCUCCAUCGGGGGAAUGGGAGGCUCCUCCAUCAUCAAGGUGGCCUGGUACUGGUCCAGUUUGUGGAGGUCCUGCUUCACCGACUCCACCGCUGUCACCAACUGCUACGACUUCCCUGUCCUCUGGUCUGUGGAGGGCCACAUCCAGAUAGUGCGCGGCCUGCUGAUGGGGGCUCUGUCGGUGGGGAUGCUGGGCUUUGUGCUGGGUCUGUUGGGCAUGGAGUGUACGUACCUCGGCGGGAAAGACCAACCCAAGUACAGGAAGAUCUACUGCGGGGGAUGCUGCCACAUAAUCAGCGGUUUGCUGUCCACUGCAGGUUACGCUGUUUAUGCACAGUAUGUCUCAGGAGAAUACUUCAACCCUAACUUUGAUGGGCUGACGUUUGACCUGGGCACUCCGCUGUUCCUGGGCUGGGUGGGCUCUGCCUUUCAUAUGACUGGGGGCUUCUUCUAUCUGUGGUCGGUGUGCAAGCCACUCUGUGGAGGAGAUGAGAUUACAAUUGUCGUCCCUGCUCCCGCUGAAGUGGAUCAGACCACCAAGCCCUCCUCCGCCGCCUUAUCUACAGUCUCAGAGAUCACCUCCAAGACCAAAGUGUCGUCCAUCUCCGAGCUGUCGUCCAAGUUCACGCCCUCAGAUGUAUCUGACAUCUCCUCGAGGUCGGAGCACACGUCUAAAUCCGGACGUUCAAGCAAAUCGAGGCGUUCGUCGAGGUCGGGCCGAUCAUCCAGAUCCAGUCGCUCGGGGGGCUCGAGGUCCAGGUCAGGAUCAGAGUCUGGUCGCUUGUCGCGGUCCAGCGGGUCGGCCCGUUCUGAGUCGAGGAGCAGCGGCAGCAGUCGCACCGUGUCCUCUCUCUCCAGCAGGUCACGGAGUGAGAGAGGACAGUUCAUCAGAAACUCCUAUAUUUGAAUGGGAGGAACCGAUCUAGCCAGGCAUGGCUGUUGAUAGACAGAGGG